AUCAUAUCCAACAAGCAUUUGGAGUAGCAUCAGUUGGAAUCAUUUUCAAAAAAUUGCAGUUCACUUUAAAUGUAUAAUGGAGUUUCUUGCAAUCAUAAGAAGUGAUCAUCUAUAAGUUACCUAGUUCUCUUUUUUUUUUUCUCUAAUUUUUCACAAUGACAUCUGGUGGAGUUCAUUGAAAAUCAGAAAAUACUGAUAUGGAGGCAUCAGACAGUAAUAAUGACCAUGGCUCAGAAACGUUGGUCUGUGUGACACAGAGUAUGCCAGAUAUCGAGAGGAGGCAACUGUUGGCACCAGAAAAUCAGUUGCAAGUUCCUUCUCAGCGUCACCGCUCCAGUUCUUUAAGGGAAGAAUCCCCUGAAGAACAACUAAAGUUUUUCAGUAUGAUCACCCAUGGCCAGCGUGGGCGUAUAGAGGACCAGCGCUGCAAUUUGGAUCCUAGCAGAGAUCCUGAUUUACUUUUAAAGCUUUUGACCCAAAGCGGACGGCUGGAUGACCAGCGAGUAUCUUUUUCAUCAUUACCUGUAUUAAAGAAUAAAGAUGGCGACUCUUAUGGAGAUUCAAGCUACUUUUUUAAUUUAGUCUCAAAAGUCCAGGGCUCCAGGAUGGAUGAUCAAAGGUGUUUCCUACCUGAAGAGGCACAGAUUUCUCAAAAAAAUGAAACAUUAGUGCCUGCUUUGGGUCUAGUUUGCUCAGCCUCCUUCAGCACAAACUCUGAUAUAAAUCGACCAAGGAAUAAAGAGAAACAACAAUGUGCAUCAAAUCUUACUUCUCAAGCAACACCCAGCCCCCAACUCAGUCUAAACACAACUCCCCAAGAUGCUGAAAUGCUCUUCAAUUUGCUGGGAAACGUUCAGGGCAGACGACUUGAUGACCAGCGUAUGUUUCUUCCAUCAUUACCAGGAAUACAGAACGGAGGCACCACAUCAACAUUAACUCCUGCUGAAAUGGAAGCAAGAAAUCUAUGUUAUUUGGUUGCCAGAGUCCAGGGCUCAAGGAUGGAUGAACAAAGAUGCUCUGCACCACAAGUCCUUAAACAUUUGAGCACCCCUUCGAGUCAACGCAAAAACCUCAUAACUGAUGCAUCUGAUAAACCUCCCCAGAGUUCUGCACUCUUUAAUACUGAUCACCAAUGGCAGGAUUUAUCUACAGCUGAGCAGGAGCACUUUUUUGAGACAAUAGGACAUGCACAAAGUGCACGUAUGGAAGAGCAACGGUGCUAUUUACAACCUUGCAGAAGCACAGCUGCCACUCCAGUGCACAAUGGAGGCCCUUUGAAUAAUGAGCUCAUAGGGUCUAAACCUAUUGCAUUUGUCAAUAGUGAGAGCUCUAGUCAGGCACCGCUACAGCAUGAUCAACAUAGUCUGCUGCCAGGGAUUGGUGGAAAAUCUGAAGCAAAGGAAAAUGCAAGUAAUCCAAAGGCUAACUUCUCAGUCUCACCACCAUAUAUUAUUGUGAAUGAAGGAACUCCUUCUUCAUCAAGGAAGUCCUAUUGCAGAAGUUCCUCUCAUCCUCAAAUAGCUAAUGCAGAUUCGAGCUCUACCUUGGCCCUACCCAUGUCUGCUUCAUUUACCCCCGAGACUGAAGUCAGGAUGAAUCAAAACUCACAAGCACAGAUGACGUUGAAAGUAUCACUGAGUAUAACACCACAGCCGGGAUUUAAGAAUGACUAUGAAAUACCAGAAAUCUUUCUUACACUUGGUGCUCCAGGGGACAAUGUUGUGAUUCCUCUAAGUCCAGUAUUUGGUAGACCACUAUCCUUAGAUGUAAAUCUUGUGCCCAAAACAUAUUCUAAAUCUAGGCAUACCUCUCCAAGAAAGGCAAGUCCUAGAAAAGCCCAUUCACGGCCAUCAUCUCCCUACCGGGAGAAAGAACAUCCUGUGAUUUCAGGCCCAAAUGAGAAGGAGAAACGUUUGGCUGGCCCUGUCAGUCCAGAAAAAGAAUCCUUUUUUCUAAAUGAGAAUAUGCGCACAGCCCAGAUGCACAAGGCAACAGAUGUAGGACCAGAUAAAUGUAAAGAGGUUCAUAAAAAAGGAAAAGAAAAAGUAGAGCAAGGUAAAGGAAAGGGAGCUAGAAAGAAGGAUAAUAAAUAAGUCUGGAUAGACAUUAUAUGUACAUACAAAUAAUAGUAGUUAAAUUUGAAAUAUAAAAAAGUUAGACAAUGAGAAUGUAUUUUUUUUUGCUUUGUUUUGAAAUAGUGCAAGUAUUUACACACCUCUGCUGAAGUGUAGGUUUUAUGAGAUAUGUUUGUCAUUAAAGAUUUGUAUAUAGUAUAUUUUGUGUGUUGCAGCUUGUCUUUUGAGCUGUGGUGUGAGUGGGAGAUGAUUAUUUAUGUUUUUGACAUUUUUUUUCUCUUUUUAUUAUUAAUAGGUAAUGCAUGUAUUCUGUAAAUUAAAGGAUAGAUAUCGUUUUCAGCAUAACAACAGUUGUGUAACAUGUGUUUAGGUAAAAAAACAAAACGUUUUAAUAAUAAAAUAAAAAUUAAACCUGGUAUAAUUUUCUUGAUUAUCUGAAAUAAAUGCAGAAUUUGCCACCGCCAAUAAUGAAAAAGAAGUUACCCCUGAUUAUAGCACAAAUUAUGAUUAUUAUUUAUAAAAAAGUUUAGUCAAGAAUUGGGGGAAUAGAUCACUAUUGGAGUAAAUUGUGUGUACACUAAUGAAAAACGUAUGAAUUAUAUCAAACUGCAAACAUAGAUGAUUAUUUGUAUAAUGUCUUGAAUGGUGCACUGUCAGUUGGUAUUCAUUAAUAUUUUUAACUAGAGUAUAUAUUACUGACAUCCUCUGUAGGUAAAGAAGUUGCACAUGGGUAAUUAAUGAUACUGUUAGAGAAGAAAAACACUACUUUUUAAGUAUCAUGACUCACUUCUCAGCUUGAUGACCUGUCUCUUAAUGUCCAUGUGCUCCUAUUCCUUCAAUUCAUGCUGAAUUCACUGCUCAUUCUGUGAGACCUUUAAAGUUUUGUAUUAUCAAUUGUGAAAUAAUUUUUUUAUAGACACCUAAAUAAUUUAUACAUUCAACAGCCUGGCCCUUAUCAGUUUUGACUAUUUGGCAAGACUCUGUUCUCCAGUUCCUUAAGUCUGGUCACAUACUUGUCUUCACAGAUGUAAGAUUUUUUAUCAGUUUGCCACUGCAGAAUAAAAUUAGGAAAAUAAAAUAGGAAAACAGUCAACUUUCUAUUGAUAUAUCUGCAGCUCAGUUGCUGGAAUGUAAUGAGCUCAUCUGAAAAUGCAUUUAUUCACCAUAAAAUAUAGGUUAAAAUCCAUGUUCUUUCUUGUCUCUAAGCAACAAAUAUUUGAUUCUUUCCGGCCUGCAUGGUUUUCUGUGUAGAGUUGGCAUGUUUCCCAGUAUUGGGGGGUCUUUGGAUACACCGUCUUUCCCCCUAUGUCAAAAAACAUCCACAUUAGAUCAAGUAGGGAGUUAUUUAACCUUAAGAGUGAAAGUGAGCAUGGAUGGAUUUAUGUCUUCUGUGACACUGUUUUGGCCUCUCAUCCGAUGACAGCUGUGAUCGGCUCACCUGCCCUGUGACUGUGACAAGACAAAGCAGGUUUGGAAAACGGAUAAAUGGAUUUAUGUUGUUUCACUAUCACACUGUCACCUACGUGUCUUUAUUAAUCCUCUUCAGUGAAGUAAUAAGUAUUUAAUUUAAUAUUCCACUAUCCAGGCUGAGGUUUCAGAGGAAUAACAUUGCAGUGGAUAUAAAUCUUUCAGCUGUCUGAAAUAAAAUAGGUCUGCACACCAUUCCAUACAAGCUGAGAAAGGAUAAUGUAUCACCUUGAAAUGCAGAGGACGAACAGUUGCCUUCUAGGUUGGGCUGACACCCAAAAUAAGACCUGUGCCAGUAAACAAGAUUUUUAAGAAGCUACAGCUGUAACAGUAACAUGAAUGAUGACUAACGUCAGGGUUAGGAUAGUAAAAACAAUUUUGGAAAAACAGAAAAAGAAAUCGGUAUUCUGCACAAUCUUUGAUGUGCAUUUAGAAUAUACUAUUUAUGCAAAGUUAUCUUUUGUGAUUUAGUGUUUUUACCUACAUAUCUCAAAAUGUCCUUAAUGUUAUCUUAAUAAAUAGCUGGGUCAUAGUGGAAAUAAAUCUGCCAUAAUAAAAAGCAUUGCCAUUUUUAUAUAAACCGGGAUAGGUUCAGUUUGCUAUUUCAUCAAAUGUUUUAAAUAUGUUUUGGUGUUAGUGUUUUUGAGUCUUAGAAUCCUUCAAUAUGUUACAUUACUACUGUUGGAGUCAUUCUGUUGGUUAGCGUGAAAUAAUGCAGGUGAAAAAAACAUGCAUCUAUUUUUAAAGCGUAGAUGGGAAUAAACAUGGACAGUAGGUUGUGAGUAGUCGCCUUCAGAGGAUAUUUUAAAAAAUGAGCCUGUGCACCAAGCUGUUAAACUGUGAUAAAAUAUGAUAGCAUGUCUUGUGAAGAAGAGGCUGAGAAGAAACUGUUAAAUUUAACUUUGACAGGAACACAGUGAACCUUAGGGAACCUCUUUAUAGACCUGACAAAUUCCUAAUCUAAAGCUAAUUAUGUUGAAACAAAUGUAUUUUAUUUUAACCCAAUCUUGUUUGUAAUUUUUUACAAUAUGUGUGACUACAUGUUGUAUGAAUGAAUGUAAUUUUCUGAACUCUGUAGUGUUUCUGUUGCUUCAACUAAACUAGCGAAACUGAUACUACUGACAUUUCUCAUGACCGUUGCAGUCAUGCACAACAACACAUUUAGCAAGGUUAUUUAAUCAGUGUUUUAUUGAAUGUGCACAGAAGGCUGUGCUGGAAGAAAGGGCAGUUGCUUGAGUCUGUUACAUGAUACCGUCUUGGCAGAAACUGUCUUUGCUCCAAGUGCUUUGAUGGUCCCUCUUUGACACUUGUCUAUAAGACUGCUUAAGCCAAUGCCUAAAAUAUCUUGGCAAACUGAUAUGCGACUUCUUACUUUGAAGUGUUUAUAUCAGUCUAGCAACUGAAGACUGCUGUGCUUCUUGUAAUGUAAUGAACAUGCUCUGUAUGUUGAAGCAAGCCUUUACUGACAGCUCAGUGCUCAUCCUCCUACAUUUAUGAGCCUCUUUUAAGUGCUGUUGUUUAACACUUAGGCUAUGAAUGUUUUGUUCAGUUUCAUUCAUGUCUUUCAAGUAGUUAUUUUAAUGCUACCCAUGCCAAACAUGAAAAUAAAUAAAUAGCCAAACAUA